AUGGAGCCCAUGCUCAUGGCUGAUGCUUGGGCGUUGGGGGCUGCCGGCUUGGCUGGCGUGGGCGUUGGCCAACCCAGCCCACUGCCGGCGCCGUCGUCGAACCAGGCGGGCAAGCCCCCCGGCAGCCGACGUAUCCAAUCUGGCGAGGCGGACUGCAGGCAGGGCGGCCGGGGUCCGUCUUUAUUAGACACUACGUUUUUCGAAACCUACCGACGGCUUUAUGACGACUCGCCAAGCGCCGAGCGGCGAGCCGACGCAUCUUUUAGUCGCCAUGGCGGCCGUACGUGCCCUCUAUAUCACGACGGCCAGGUCAACGACUAG